AUGAUCAAGAUCUUCGGCGUGGGCCGCGGCAAGCGUGCGGAGGAAUCAAAGGAUGAUGAUGCCGAGGCGCCUGCUACGAAAAAGAAGCAACCGGGAGAAAUUCGAAUGCAGAAGGAGCUGGACGAGAUGGAGCUGCCACCGCAGUGCCACAUUAAUUUUCCGGACAAGAACAACCUCAUGCACUUCCAGAUCCAGAUCUCACCAGACGAGGGAUUUUGGAAAGGGGCGAGUUACACCUUCGUCUUCAAUGUUGCACCGCUGUAUCCACAUGAGGCUCCCAAAGUCAAGUGUGAAACAAAGAUUUACCACCCCAACAUCGACCUACAGGGCAAUGUUUGCUUGAAUAUCCUGCGGGAAGACUGGAAACCAGUGUUAUCCAUUUCAUCCGUGGUAUAUGGGCUUCUGUACCUGUUCUUGGAGCCCAACCCAGGGGAUCCCUUGAACCAUGAAGCAGCCGAGGUGUUGCGGAACAACAGAGGCGAGUUCGGUCGCAUGGUGCAAAGGUCGUUAAGGGGCGGUGCCGUCGCUGGUCAUGCCUUCCCGAAGCUGCUUUGA